AUGCCUGGUUUCGCGCAAGCUACUGAUCUCGGUGCCUGGAAGGAGCUCCAGGAGCACCACAGCACUUUGGGUCGUAACAUUGUUUUGAAGGAGUACUUCGACAAGGAUCCUCAACGUUUCGAGAAGUUCAGCCGUACCUUUGCUAACACCGUCGAUGGCUCCGAGGUCCUCUUCGACUUCUCCAAGAACUUCAUCACUGAGGAGACCCUCUCCCUGCUGGUGAAGCUCGCUAAGGAGGCUGGUGUUGAGGAGCUUCGCGAUGCUAUGUUCCGCGGUGACCACAUCAACUUCACCGAGGACCGUGCUGUUUACCAUGCUGCCCUCCGCAACACCUCGAACGAGCCCAUGCAGGUCGAUGGCAAGAGCGUUGUUGAGGAUGUUAACAGCGUGCUUGAGCACAUGAAGGAGUUCUCAGAGCAGGUUCGCAGUGGCGAGUGGAAGGGUUACACUGGCAAGAAGAUUAACACCAUCAUCAACAUCGGUAUUGGUGGUUCAGACCUUGGUCCUGUCAUGGUUACUGAGGCUCUCAAGCCCUACGGUCAUCCCGAUCUUAAGCUGCACUUCGUUUCCAAUAUUGACGGUACCCACAUCGCCGAGGCUCUCAAGGACUCUGACCCCGAGACCACUCUCUUCUUGAUCGCUUCCAAGACCUUCACCACCGCCGAGACCUGCACCAACGCCAACACUGCCAAGUCCUGGUUCCUUAAGUCCGCCAAGGAGGAUGCACACAUUGCUAAGCACUUCGUCGCCCUCUCCACCAACGAGGCUGAGGUCACCAAGUUCGGUAUUGACAGCAAGAACAUGUUCGGCUUCGAGUCCUGGGUUGGAGGUCGCUACUCUGUAUGGAGCGCCAUUGGUCUGUCCGUUGCCCUGUACAUCGGUUACGACAACUUCCACCAGUUCCUGGCUGGUGCCCAUGCCAUGGACAAGCACUUCCGGGAGACUCCUCUGGAGCAGAACAUUCCUGCCAUCGGUGGUCUGCUGAGCGUCUGGUACAGCGACUUCUUCGGUGCUCAGACUCACCUGGUCGCUCCCUUCGAUCAGUACCUGCACCGUUUCCCUGCCUACCUGCAGCAGCUGUCCAUGGAGAGCAACGGAAAGGCCAUCACCCGCAGUGGCGACUAUGUCAAGUACACCACUGGCCCCAUUCUGUUCGGUGAGCCUGCCACCAACGCCCAGCACAGUUUCUUCCAGCUGCUGCACCAGGGUACCAAGCUCAUUCCCGCCGAUUUCCUGAUGGCGGCCGAGUCCCACAACCCUGUCGAGGGUGGCAAGCAUCAGGUCAUGCUGGCUUCCAACUUCCUUGCCCAGUCAGAGGCCCUGAUGGUUGGCAAGACCCCUGAGGAGGUUCGCGCUGAGGGUGCUCCUGACAACCUGGUUGCUCACAAGACCUUCCUUGGCAACCGUCCCACUACCUCUAUUCUGGCCCAGAAGUUCACUCCUUCCACUCUGGGUGCUUUGAUCACCUACUACGAGCACGUCACCUUCACCGAGGGUGCUAUCUGGAACAUUAACUCCUUCGACCAGUGGGGUGUUGAGCUUGGCAAGAGUCUUGCUAAGAAGAUUCAGAAGGAGCUGGAGACUGCCAACGACACUGGUGCUCAUGAUUCUUCUACUGGUGGACUGCUUGCUGCUUUCAAGGCGAAGGCCAAGCUGGCGUAA